AUGCAUGCAUUCUGUCCCCUUCGGACACUACUUACUUUCCUGUGUCUCCACCCUUUCGGCUUUCUAGGUAAAGAAGCCAACGUCUAUCAUGCUGUCGGUCCUCAGGGGGACCUGGCCAUCAAACUCUUUAUGACUUCAAUCCUACCCUUCAAAUCACGGAAUAAGUACGUGGCGGGGGAUUUCCGAAUGCGUCACAAUUACUCCACCUGCAGUUCCUGGAAACUGGUCUCUAAAUGGGCGGAAAAGGAGUUCCGAAACCUGAUCAGAAUCAACACUGCCCAGUCCAUUCCAGCGCCCACACCAAUUAAACUGAAGGGUGUGGUUAUUUUAAUGACCCUGGUCGGCAAAGGCGGUUAUCCCGCACCGAAGCUGAAGGACGUUGCCACCGGCGAAUGGGAGGAGUUCGGUCCACCGCCUGACUGGCCCAUGCUCUAUCGUCAGAUCCUGACCGAUGUGCGUACCCUGUAUCAGAAAUGUCGUCUGGUACAUGCUGAUCUGAGCGAAUACAACAUACUCUACAUGGAUGGGAAAGCUUGGAUGAUCGAUGUUUCACAGGUACAUCUCCUGAGUUUUUUUCCACAAAACAACUAG